AUGUCUGGCGUCGCGGGGAAGAUAUGGGCUCCAACAGCCCUACGCUUCCUCCGACUCGGCGUCACGAACGUCACCAAAGCGACCAAGAUGCUAAGAACCAAACUCGCCAACGCCGCCGCCCGUCCCGCCCAGGGCGAGCUCGCACACAUUCCCAUCCGCACCACGCCGACCGGCCGUCAACCCAUCCAUCCCGCCGCCCUCCUCAGACAGAAGCGUGCCGGACGCUGGUACUCGACAGCGACCCAGAACGUGAACAACACCGUCCGCCGAUGGAUCUCCACCGCUGGAGGCAGCGGCAACGCCGCACGCUUCAACCGAGCUUCUUUCCCGAGCUCAAACACCUCGCGCCGCGUGGGACAGAUGACAGGACGUGCCCCCUUCGCGAGCACCCUCCGACCGAACCUCACCGGCGGCGCCAUCCCGCGUACUCAGGGCGGCUACAGCACUGGCGGUGGAGCCCGCUACUUCUCCCAUACCCCCGCCGCCCCGGCGCAGGUGAUCCACAACGUCUCCGUCGCCAUGCGGGCCUUCUGCCUUUCGGGCAAGAAGGCACGCUACGACGGCCUCAACGCCCGCGGCGAGAUGUGCUACCGUGCCGUCUCGGAGCUCGAGCAGGCUGCCUACGUCAAGAUGAUGGGUGCUGCCCGCAGCAACCCUGGCGCCUUUGUCGAUUUCAAGCUCAACCCCACCAUCACCGCCCUUAGCCCUCUUGCCGCUGCCGCUGCUGCGGGCUUCACCUCCGCCGGCGCCGCUGCCCCCGCUGCCUCUCUCGGCGAGGAGGGCUUCCUCGAUGUCCUCUCUGUUGACUUCGCCCGUGCCGUCAAGGACCUGGCCAUCAUUUUCGCCGACUUGAAGCGAAUUGCAUUGUUGGGUGACUUGCCGGUGACAAUGGAAAAGGGAAGCGUGUUACGAGUGCGAUUCCCUGGCGUCGACGCGGAUACCGUGGAACGACUGUGCGACGAUUAUGGUGUUCAGCGCGGUGUUGUCGGUCAGGACGCUAAUUUCGACGCCGAGACCGGCGUGCCUAUGGCUCUCCGCUUCCCCUUCGCUCCUGACUGCGAGGACGCCAAAACCCUCACAUCUCCUGGUGGUUCUCUCCGCUCGCUUUCCGGUCUGGAUGUGGACUUGGAAGAGGCGUUCAUUGAGAUGGAGGAGGACCCCUGGAUGUCGGACCCUGAGGGCUAUGGAAGCAUGUCACCUACCCCCAAGACGAGUGAGCAUGACGAGUAUGAUGGCUUGGAAGGCAUCUAUCGUUUCUUGGAGGAGUGUGACCGUGCUAAGGGCAGGUACUAG